GUUUAUGAUGGGGGUCCGGAGGAGCAGCGCUGCUCCGCGGCAACCGCUCGCCUGCUGAAAACUUGCUGCUCCGCUUUUCGGGGUUUCUGAGCUGGAAGAUGCCUGUCUAAGAUGGAAACCUCUGCUUCAACGGCUGUUGGGAAAAAAGAAGGAAAAGGUGCCGUUCUGGAGGGGAAUGGCUUUACAGAGACGGGGAAGAAACCCACUCCUUUAGCAGCUGCGGGAGCGGCGGUGGCACAAGGAGUGCCGCAGCACAUUUUUCCGGCCUUCCACGCUCCUUUGCCAAUUGACAUGCGCCACCAGGAAGGACGAUACCAUUACGAACCUCACUCUAUCCACGCUAUCCACGGGCCUCCUCCUUUGAGCGGCAGUCCCGUCAUCUCCGACAUCUCCCUCAUCCGCCUGUCUCCACACCCAGCAGGGCCUGGCGAGUCGCCCUUCAGCCCGCCACACCCGUACGUGGCACCCCACAUGGAGCAUUACCUCCGCUCUGUCCACGGCAGCCCCACGCUCUCCGUCAUCUCUGCUGCCAGGGGCCUCAGCCCCGCCGAUGUGGCUCAUGAGCACCUGAAGGAACGAGGUCUCUUCGGGCUGCCCCCACCACCACCGGGAGCCAACCCCGCCGACUACUACCACCAAAUGACGCUGAUGGCCGGCCACCCAAACCCCUACGGGGACCUCCUCAUGCAGGGCGGAGGAGCAGCCAGCACAGCACACCUCCACGAUUACCUCAGCCCCGUUGAUGUGUCCCGGUUUUCGAGCCCGCGGGUGACUCCAAGGUUAAGCCGAAAACGAGCCCUGUCUAUCUCCCCACUGUCUGAUGCCAGCAUUGAUCUCCAGACAAUGAUCAGGACCUCCCCAAACUCUCUCGUGGCAUAUAUCAACAACUCCAGAAGCAGUUCAGCGGCGAGUGGCUCCUACGGCCAUUUAUCUGCUGGGACAAUCAGUCCGGCAUUCAGCUUCCCCCACCCCCUUAACCCUGUGACGUACCAGCAGAUCCUGACCCAACAAAGAGGCCUGAGCUCAGCCUUCGGACACACUCCUCCCCUGAUCCAGCCGUCCCCGACCUUCCCCCCACGGCAGCACAUGGCAGUGAUCUCGGUCAACCCACCACCAACACAGAUCAGCAACAACAGCAACUGCAUCUCUGACUCCAGCCAGAGCAAGCAAAGCAGCGAGUCGGCCGUGAGCAGCACCGUCAAUCCAGUAAUUAACAAGCGCAGCAAAGUCAAGACUGAAGUCGAGGGCUUGCCCCCAGUGUCCCCAAACACACAGGAGCAUCUGACAGACCUGAAAGAAGAUCUAGAUAAGGAUGAAUGUAAACAGGAGCCUGAGGUGAUUUAUGAGACUAACUGUCACUGGGAAGGGUGCACAAAGGAAUAUGACACUCAAGAGCAGCUCGUCCAUCACAUCAACAAUGAUCACAUCCAUGGGGAGAAGAAGGAGUUUGUCUGCCGCUGGCAGGACUGCACACGGGAGCAGAAGCCCUUCAAGGCUCAGUAUAUGUUGGUGGUGCACAUGCGAAGGCACACAGGAGAGAAGCCGCACAAGUGCACGUUUGAAGGCUGCUCCAAAGCCUAUUCCCGCCUGGAGAACUUAAAGACACACCUGAGAUCCCACACUGGAGAAAAACCCUAUGUCUGUGAACAUGAAGGCUGCAAUAAAGCCUUUUCCAAUGCCUCAGACAGAGCCAAGCACCAGAACAGGACGCAUUCCAAUGAGAAACCCUACGUCUGUAAGAUCCCUGGCUGCACGAAGCGGUACACGGACCCCAGUUCCCUCAGGAAACACGUCAAGACAGUGCAUGGGCCUGACGCUCACGUCACAAAGAAGCAACGCAACGAUGUUCACCCAAGGCCGCCUCCGCUCAAGGAAAAUGGGGACAAUGAGGCGAGCGCCAAGCAGAGCAACAAGGUUUCAGAGGAGAGCCCCGAGGCCAACAGCACCACCAGGAGCAUGGAGGAUUGCUUACAAGUCAAAACAAUAAAAACGGAGAAUUCUGUGAUGUGUCAGUCCAGUCCUGGUGGCCAGUCAUCAUGCAGCAGUGAGCCGUCACCCCUUGACAGCACCAACAACAAUGACAGUGGAGUAGAAAUGAACAUACACAGCGGGGGAAGUCUGGGAGAUCUGACGGCGUUGGAUGACAACGCUCCUGUUGUGGACUCAACGGUCUCUUCUGGUAAUUCAGCAGUCAGCCUGCAGCUAAGGAAACACAUGACGACAAUGCAACGACUUGAACAGCUCAAGAAAGAGAAACUCAAGACAGUUAAGGAUUCCUGCUCAUGGGUGAACCCAGCUCCACAAGCCAGAAACACCAAGCUGCCUCCCAUCUCAGGAAACGGCUCUGUUCUAGAAAACAGUGGUGGUUCUUCUGCUACGCUGCCUAAUCCCAGAAUAAUGGAGCUUUCUGUCAAUGAGGUUACAAUGCUGAACCAGCUCAAUGAGCGCCGUGACAGUACAACAAGCACCGUCAGCUCUGCCUACACCGUCAGCCGCAGGUCAUCAGGGAUCUCCCCGUACUUCUCCAGCCGCCGUUCCAGUGAGGCUUCGCACCUCGGGCACCGUCCCAAUAACACCAGCUCUGCCGACUCCUAUGACCCGAUUUCAACAGACGCCUCCCGCCGGUCGAGCGAGGCGAGCCAGUGCAGCGGGAUGCCAGGUCUGCUGAACCUCACACCGGCUCAGCACUACAGGCUGAAAGCCAAGUACGCUGCUGCCACAGGGGGCCCUCCUCCGACCCCCCUGCCGAACAUGGAGAGGAUGACCCUGAAGAACAGGAUCUCACUUAUGGAUGGACCAGACCCCACCUUGCCCUCCAUCCGCCUCCCACCAGGCCCCAGGCGUUGCAGUGAUGGUAACACCUAUGGCUACCCAUCAGCUCCAGCAUUUCCCCACGAGGUGCAGGGCAAUUGCAUGAGACGGGCAAGCGACCCAGUGAGGAGACCUGCCGGAGACCCCCAGGCCCUCCCACGAGUUCACCGCUUCAACAGCACCAACAGCAUGAACCCCUUCCAUCCUCCCCACCCCACAGACAGGAGGAAUUUUGGUCUUCAGAGCUACGGGCGCUCAGAUGGGAGCCUACCCCGGCACACCUACUCACCCCGACCACUGAGCAUCAGUGAAAACAUCGCCAUGGAAGCCAUGUCCGGGGAGACAGAGGCGCCCAUUGGAGAUGAUGACAUUGUGCUGCCAGAUGAUGUGGUACAGUACAUCAAGUCCCAGAGCAAUGGGACAGCGGCCGAGAGCACUUCCAUGGGGUACAGCAAUGAGAUGCAGAACUUCCAGGGAAGUGGGAAGCUGCAGCCUUCAGCUUUGCCCAGCCAGCGCAGGAUGGCAGUGGCUGAGGCAAGCAUGAGCCACUUGGGACCCAUGAUGGCAGAGUGUUCCAUGAGUUUUGAUACUUCCUCAGACAUGAAUAAAAAUAACAUGCCUGUCCAGUGGAAUGAAGUCAGCUCAGGUACGGUUGAUAUCAUGUCCAAUCAGUCGAAGCAGCAGUUUUCACAAGGGAACUUAGCGGUGGUGCAGCAGAAGCAGAACUUUGGUCAGUACCAGAACUACAACCAGCAGCAAAUGCAGCUGCCAGAUAACGGUAUGAAUGUAACACAGCAGAGCUUUAUGCAAAGAAAUGUGGGCAUGGAUGGGCAGAGACUAAACUGUAUGCAGCUGCGGCAGCAGCCGAUGAGCCUAGGCCCCGGUAUGAACCCUGAUGUGGGCUUGCACACAGGGUACAACCAACCUCAUCAGAUGCUGAGUCCCAAUGCAAUCAGUGGCAACCCAAAUCAGAUCUCUCCUAAUUGUAGCAACAUGGCAGCAAAAUCUGGACCUCACCUUCACCCUCAGCAAAUGGACAUGACGACCGACCCUUCUUUGAUGGUCAGGAGCAACAGUGAGCGCCCAGUGCUGGGACAGGUCAUGCAUGAACCGAGUCAGCAGAAUUACUCAUCUCAGCCAAGCCACCUGAACUUCCCCAUGGCUCAAGAGACCUUCCAUCAGCCCAUCAUGGCCUCCAAUCAGCCCAGCUUUGAGCCUCAGCAGAGCAUGAUGGGUUCAGCUGCUCAGGCAUAUCCACCCGGUAUGAUGCAGCCUCGUCCUCCGCCCGAGCCAAACCCGGGCAGCAGACCCCGAGGCCUCCGCACCGUCCAGCAGCUGGGGUACAUGAGAACUCCCCAUCCUACGAACACCACCAGCCCAGGCCAGGAGACAACAGAGGCCAUGCAUAAAAGAACCAGUGACAUGUUGCUAGCACCCGCUCAGCAGUGCGCGGAGGGCACGAGGGAGAACAAUUUGAUGUACUAUUACGGUCAAAUCCACAUGUAUGAACAGAACAGCAGCUUCGAUAAUCAUGCAGACUGCCGGGUCAGGCAGCAGCAGUGCACACUGAACAGCAAGCCAGCCGCUCUGCCUUCCCCAGGUGCAAACCAGGUGUCCAGCACGGUGGACUCUCAAGGUCUUGAGCCGCCCCAGAUAGAUUUUGAUGCCAUCAUGGAUGAUGGGGACCAUUCGAGCUUGAUGUCGGGAACCCUGAGCCCCAGCAUCCUGCAGAACCUCUCCCAGAACUCCUCUCGCCUGACGACUCCACGAAACUCUCUGACACUGCCCAGCAUACCUGCAGGGAUAAGCAAUAUGGCAAUAGGUGAUAUGAGCUCCAUGCUAACCACGCUGGCGGAAGAGAGUAAAUUUCUAAACAUGAUGUCAUAACAGUAAAGCACAAGGCCUUAGUGCUAUCCAAGGAGCUCUGCGUGAAACAGUUUUAUGAAUGUGCUUUUCAAAAAUAAUCUGUUUCAAUAGAGUAGGGUUUUUUAUAAGUACUAAAUAUAUUAAAGGGAUUCAAAACAAAAAUUUUAAAAAGUCUUUGUACAGAAUUAUGUAAACUAUAUCUAGGCAGUUCAGCACCACAGGGGUGCACCUCUAGUAUUAUUUUUUUGACUUGGUUUCCCAGAGCACUGAAUGGUAUCACCACCAAGCUAGGAAACAGCAUGAGGAUGGUUAGAGAUGAAAGACUCCCUUCCCAGAAGCCCUGUAAAUAGCACUCCCCAUCGUUUUCCAUUAGUUACAUUUGCAAAAAAAUUCCGUUUUCAACCUGCCCCAGAAGGAAAUGGGAGGAUGCAGUUUUGAUUAGAAUAAAAGCCAUACUAUGUAUUCUGCUCUGAUGAGAGUAGGGUUUAGUUACGUCUCCAAACAAGCCCUCUGCCAGCAGUAUUGUUUUAUACCAUAAAUGCCUUUGUACCUUGCAAAGAGCGACGAUUCCAAACAGCUUCUCAGCAAAGUGCCUUACCAUGCUUUCUUGUUAAGUAGCCAAGGCCUCUCUUCCUUUAAAAAUCAAAUAUAGUGUAUUGCCAGAAGCGUAUAUAAAAUGUACAUUUAUAAAAACAUAGUGGUGUUUCUGAGAAAACAUUGGAAAGACACAUUGAUGAGACACAUAAAAGGUGAAUGCACACUUUGAUCAGAUGUGUUUACAACGUGGUUUAUAUCAUGUGCAGAGUGGAGCAAAGGCCUGGGAACAGCAAUCACUGGGAAAUAAUCCCCUGUGGCAGGAAGGCUCUGGCAUGCGGACUGACACACAUGCAUAACUUUUGCACCUUCUGAGCACAGUGACUUUCUGCGAGGGCCCCACAUGCAUCUUUAAUGUCUUGUAUCCCUGUGCAGCUUUGCAACAGCUUCGUUCUCUGAUGGGUUUUGCAUGCUGAGGCACUCAUAUAAACAAGUGAUGGUGAUGGAGAGAAUUUUAUGAUUGUGUCAGCCCAAUGUGGCAGCACUGGGGGAGCUGAUUGAUCUGGCCAGGGUUUGUCUGUGUGAUGUACUCAGUGCAGGGCUCUACCUGGGCUCCAUGCACACAACAGGCACGUGGCUGCAUUGAUGUGGGGCCAGGCAUGAGCUAAUACACCCUUCCCCACAAGCAGGCUUGUUGGCAUGCACCCAGUGCUAUAUUAACAUGUUUCAUAGCACAAAAAGAGCUGCUGUAUCCAAAAAAUACACCAUGGUCAACCUGGGUUGUUCAUUUGACUGCACCUGCAGCCUACAGUGUAGACAUACAUCUGGAUAGUCUUUGAGUCAGAAUCUCUUGGAAGUGUCCUUGGGGAAAAGAGGGGAGGAGCAAGGCCUCCUAAAGCCAAAUCCUCCACCAAAAUAUAACUGCUUGUAAUAAUGAUCAGCUGUUUCCAGGAUGGUCCCACCUGGCACUGAAGUUAAUCUUAGUUGCAUUAUUUAUUUUCGCUGUCUUUAGACAAAAGGGUAGAAGCAGUGGGGUGCAUGUACUUGGGAGGAGGCCUUGUUUAGCUUCUGACUGCAUUGGACAGGGGCAAUGUUUCUCUUCCUGCUCUCAUAGCCUCAAAUACUUUGUACCCCAUAUGUUGAAGGGCAGGGAACAAUUGUAACAUCCCCCCAAGGUUCUUACAGUUUGACUGGGCAAGCAGCUGCAGAGCUUCACUCUUUCGUUCCCAUCUCCCCAUCAUAUCACUGUGAUGUUCUCACUUGCAUCUGAUUCCGUCCCCUGCACAGGACCGGGACAGCCCUAUAAAGCUGCUUUCUGGUGUCUUUUCUUUUGCACAAAUGGAUGUCAGGAUCGCUCUUCCCAGCAUGACCAGGGGCUGACAUGACAAUGCCAUGUGCUACCUCCAGGCAAACUUUGUGUUAUCAGAUACACAGCAGUGCAUCUGGCAGCCAUUCUUGGCAGUGGUGGAUUGGUAGCCCUGGGUAUGGCUGGUGCAGGGAGAUGCUUCUCAGCAUCCUUCAUUCUCACCUCUCCUCAUCGCAAAUGCAGAGGGUACACACAGGAUGCUAUCAGAGGGUACACACAGGAUGCUCUCACCACCGCCCUUCACCCCUCAGUGACUGCUGCUGAUGUCCAGGGUGCAUGAGGACAGGAAAGCAAAGCAAGGUGCCUGGCUGUUUAUUUGUGUCUCCUGUGAAAGUUGUGUUUAAAGGGAUUAUUUUAUAGUCUGCUGUAUAUAUUCUCCUGCAGUUACUGACCGUGCCCUUGCCUUUGCAUUUAUGGAAAAAGGGCAGUAAAUGUUUUAGGACAUUGUGUGUUGUCCUGGAUGCUUGGAGUACAACUGGGCAUCCCUUAUGCUGAGAUGGAUCAGGCUUUCGUGUGUCCUUCAACUGCUAAUCUGAUUUUUUUAACAGCUGCAUAGGGCAACGGUGGCUACUGAGUCCCUCCUCACAGAUAUCUCAUUAGAAAAAGUUCAAAUACAAAAGCAAAACCAAAUCUCCAAUGACUUGAGAUUUUUUGGACUUUCCAGUGGUGGUCUUCCUUCAUUUACAGAAAAAGUAUUAUAAUAACCAUUCCAGCACUGUAUAUAUUAUGUAUAGAAGACAUCAUUACUAAAAGUACUGUAGGUGAAUUGUUCUGUCAAAUUUAUAUCUUAAGAACAUUUUUAGCUGUUUUCUACAUCAUAAGAAUGGAGGUAACAUGCUGAACCUGUAUAUAAACCUUUUGUACAUUAAAAAGUAAUUU